UUAGUUGGUAUUUGCAUGGAGAGUCAAAGAAUUGGAGAUACAACAAGUACUUUGUCAAUUGAUCACAACAUGCCUUAUAAUACAAGCUUCAUGUAUCAUUCCACACUAAAUAGUGAUCAAGAACCACCAACUUUUGAUUUUGGAGAAUUGGAAGAAGCUAUUGUUUUACAAGGAGUUAAGAUGAGCAAUGAUGAUUCUGUUAAAUCAUCUUUAUAUGGAGCAGGCAUAAACAGACCUGCAGCAACUCUGGAGAUGUUCCCUUCUUGGCCUACUAAAUUGCAUCACACCCCAAGAGGAAGCUCAAAAUCAAUAGGAGGAGAACAAAGUAGUGAUUCAGAUUCAGCACUAAACACUACUAUUUCUAGUAGAGGUGAAGCAAAUGUGGAACUAGAAACACCUCCAAAAUCCAACAAUGAAAAGAGGAAGGGUGUUGGUUCAACUUCAGAUAGGGUGACUGAUGCUAAGACUUUGAGACGUUUAGCACAAAAUAGAGAAGCAGCAAAAAAAAGCAGACUAAGAAAAAAGGCUUAUGUACAACAACUAGAAACUAGUAGGAUAAGACUUGCUCAACUAGAACAAGAACUUCAAAGGGCUAGAUCUCAGGGGAUUUUCAUGGGAGGUGGUGCUACUGGUCCCAAUAUCAGCUCUGGUGCGUCGAUGUUUGACAUGGAAUAUUCAAAAUGGUUAGAUGAUGAUCAGAGACAAAUGUGUGAGCUACGUACAGCAUUGCAAGCACAUUUAGGAGAUGGUGAACUUAGAAUAAUUGUUGAUGCUUAUAUUACUCAUUAUGAUCAUAUUUUUUUACUCAAAGGAGUUGCUGCCAAAUCCGAUCUCUUUCACCUCCUCACUGGUAUUUGGGCAUCUCCUGCCGAGCGCGGGUUCCUUUGGCUUGGCGGUUUUAGGCCCUCUGACCUUAUCAAGAUGUUGAUUGCACAAUUGGACCCUUUAACACAACAACAAAUUGUUGGAAUUUAUAGUCUCCAACAAUCAUCACAACAGGCUGAAGAAGCACUUUCACAAGGCUUAGAACAAUUAAAACAAUCUUUAAUUGAAAUUAUAGCCACUGGUUCUGUCAAUGAUGGCAUGCAUCAUAUGGCUAUUGCAUUGGGAAAACUUGCCAAUCUCGAAAGCUUUGUUUAUCAGGCUGAUAAUUUGAGGCAGCAAACGAUACACCAAUUGCACAGAAUAUUGACAAUUAGACAAGCAGCAAGGUGUUUCAUGAUGAUUGGUGAAUAUUAUGGUCGAUUAAGAGCCUUAAGUUCCCUAUGGGCAUCACGUCCUAGAGAGACUAUGAUGGCAGAUGACAACUGUUGUCAAACAACAAGUGAGCUGCAAAUGAUACAAGCAUCACAACACCAUUUCUCAAAUAUGAGAUGAUAAUUAUUCAUUCUUGAUAUCUCUAUAAUAUAUAUUAAUUAAUAUUACUCUUUUUCUUGUAAAUGUAUAAAUCAAUUUUAUUGUGCAUGAGGGAGCUUUAUCA